AUGCAGUGUGAUAGCACAAGUUUGGACUGCCUGAUUGUCCUCAUUCGUCACAUCCAACUUCACAUGCAUCAGCAUUAUCCUUCCCCAGACCACUCGGCUAUGGAGGCUCGCAAUCCCAUUCUUUUCCUGGCCUGGUUUGACUUUGACCGGGACGUGACAGUCGCUUGGAUAGAGGUCAAGCAAAAUAUUUGGAAACCUCUUGGUCCCGCCAGCUCAGACGAUCCCAAGCUCCAGUUCGAGAAUCUUUGCAACUGUGACCUGGUGUGGGAGGCCUCCUGGGGUCGUGGUGAGUUCAAGCUACUCAGAGCGAUCUUGGACAAAGCCGCCGGCGAACCCUGGGACAUUCGACCACAAGUGGCGGAGCAGAUGUCCACCAACGUUCUUCCGUUCGAUCCACGAGAAAGGUCGGAUGUUUCCUUCAACGAAUACAUCUCUACAUUCCUCAAGCAAAGACAGGCAACAGACGGCUCCCAGACAAUGAACCUUUGUGCAAGACCGAAUAUCAUGCAAGUCAAGUACACCAGACGCAAAGAAUUCACACCUGUGAUACGAGGAAAGCGGAAAGCGGUCACCUUGUAG